AUGAGUAAGCGUAACGAAAGCGGUGACGGCGAUGUAUCGUCGUCGCGCCGCCAUCACAGCCGUCGGUCCGACCGGCAUGACGACGAUGACGACGUAGGCGACUACGGCGACCGUCAUCGUCGCCGGCACCGCGACAGCGACUCGCUCGCUGACCGCCAGCAUCACCAUCACCACCGACAUCGCAGCUCGCACCACCAUCGCCGAGGCAGCGCGGAGAGAAGGGACGACAGCAGUGACGUCAUGCGGUCAGAGCGUAUCUUACGGUCUCACCGCCGCCCGCGACAGGAGCGCAGCGACAGCGACGACGAGUACGGCAGCUUCGACGAUAAUCGUCUCUCGCGUCGGCGGCGCGACGGUCAGUCGCGCCGGGAGCGCAGUCGAAGUGAAGAAGGUCACAUAGACGACCGACGUGGCAGACGAGAGAGAGGGAAGCGGUAUCAUGAUACUGAGGCGGCAGACGACGACGACGGUCGUCUGCAAGGUCGCAAGUAUCGUCGUGACGGUCAACAAAACGUCGACGAGGUGAGUCGCAGCGUGGGCGGCAACGCUGCAGCGAGCUUGAGCGAUCGCCACCUCUACGGGGAUCGCUUCCAGGCGGACAACAGUGUACCCAGUCCGACUUACAAGGCGAGCAGCACAGUGGACUGGAGCUCCCGUCGCGGUCGUCAGCGCAUGCCGGGUCUUGCGUAUGACGUGGACCAACAGAAGCGUUUUCUGGGCUUUCUGGACCGCCGCGAUGCAUCAGGUGGCCGGGCGGCGGCAGCGGCGAUGGAGUUCAAAAUCGGUCCUGACGGCCUUGUGCAGAUGCCUCCACCGCCCAUGCUCGCGCGCCGCCAGAAUCGCAGCCGGUUCGGCGCCACCGACAACAAAGAUGGAAACGGCAGCGGCUUUGGCCAGCAGCAGCAGCGCCGUCGACGACGCCCGCCCAGCUCCGUAGCUCCGAUGGUGAACACCCACGACGAGGACGGCGACGACAACAGCUCUGUUGCAUCGCACGAGUCCCUCUACAACGACCCCGCGGCAGCAAGCAUGGGCAUUCUGCCGGACAUCAUUCCACCGUCCAACCUCUACCGCGUCGCUCUCUGCGGGGUAGACCUUUCGGUGACGGCCUCGCACCUAAUCUCGAUGGUGACGCAGCUGCUGGGCGGUGGUGUGAAGCCGUGGCGCGUGCGCCGACCGGCGCGUGAGAUGCUGCACGCCGCAGUAAGCGACAACCACGCUGCACAGCCACAGUCUCGGCAGCAGCACACACUCCAUGCGCUGCUGACAUCACACAAGAGCACCAUCACGAACGCAGCGUCGUCGUCUGGGGUGCUCGCUCACCCCCCGGCAAGUACGAACAAGACCCUUCGCAGCGUCGAGGCCUCACUGAUCGGUGUGCUGUCGUGCGAGUCCUCCAUCAUCGGUGGCGGGGGUGGAACCAGGGGCGUGCUCCCUGACGCUGACGACAGCAACGCCGCCUCGAGCAUGCUGGGCAAUGUGGUAGGGACGGUCAGCGGCAUCUUGCAGGAUGAGGCGGAGAGUCAGCAGAUGCACAAGAAAGCGGAAGAGAACGACGAAGGCGUGCUGCCGGACGGGUCGCCGCUUCCGCAGCCACCGCAGCCGGCCACCCCCGCGCUCUACUUCCCCGGCCUGCACGAUGUCAACGGCCCAGGUGGGAUGGUAGUGCUGGAGUUCACUGAGCAGACGCAUGCGCUCCGCUCCGUGCAGCUGCUCAAUGGUGCAUAUGUGAAUGGACGACGUGUGGCCGCAUCCAUGUAG